AGACUCCUCCUCCUGCUCUGGGCUUCAUCCCCUGCCUCCUCCUACAAUCCUCAGUUUCUUUUAGUGUCCUCAGAAGGAGACGACACGCUUUUUCACCGUCUAGUGGCUGGAGCACUGAUCAGGGCCUCAGGUCUAAGAUCACGCCACACCAAGGGGCCACUGAUUCACUCAAGCGCCUCUCCAGCUGCCAAGAAUUGCCCUUUAGCCUUCCCGCUCUCCGGAGGUCUGCAGGCUGGCUCCUCACCCCCUGCGCUGCUUUCCCGCUCUACGGAGGUCUGCAUCAGCGAUAUACACCCACCCGGGUGUAUAACAGCAUAAUAGCUCACAUAUACAUAUAUAUUUCACACCUGUGCAUAUAUAUAUUUAUAUGUGUGUCUCUUAUUCACAGGGGGCAUCUUUUACUGGGCACAACUCAGCUGGCUGAUUCCUAGUUGACCACACCUGCCUGGAGAAGUGCCCACAGCCAUACUCUGCUUCGGCUAGGAGGUCGAUUCCCCUGCCUCAUAUUAUAAAAAAAAAAAAAAAAAAAAAAAAAAAAAAAAAAAAAAAAAAAAAAAGGGUUUUUACACCGUUUAUAUUGGAUCUUUGCCUAUUACUUCUACAGUUUCCAAGAAGGAGCAAUAUGGCUAACAAGACAGAUGAGCCCAGGACCUCCAAGUCCUCAGCUCUAACCCACUCGCAGGUCUCAUUUUUAGCCUGCUCAAAUUGUAAAACAAAAUUUUCUUCAGCCUCGCCUGAAUCAUUGUGUGGGGCCUGCAGAAUUUCCGAAAUACCUACUCUACCUCAGGCUAGUACUUCGGACCCAGAUCUCCUUAGGGCUAUUUCCCUCUCACUUGCAGGCAUUCAACAUUUGGCCCGCAUCCCCGAGACCCUGGACAAAGUGCUGGAGCACUUAUCCCAACCUUCUCAACACCGCCCAGGGAAAUCAAAACGCCCAGCCCCUUCACCUCCGGACUCCCCCGGAGAACUUCUUUCUCCAUCCGACGAGGAAGGUCAGGUUCCGUCAGACGAGGACUCCGAUCAGGAGCUCCCUGAUCCUGACAUUGACACUCCCAGAACUCAAGGGGAAGUGGAAGGCCUUAUUCAAGCAGUUCUCAACACGCUAAACAUUGAGGAAGAUUCUCCCUCCAUCGAGCCAGCAAAGAACAUCUUUAAGCGUCACAAGAAAAGCUCUUGCCUUUUCCCCGCAUACGAACAGCUUGACGAAAUCAUCAAGUCCCAAUGGAAAAACCCUGAUCACAGAGUGCAAAUUUCCAAGCGAUUCACCCAGACAUAUCCCUUUCCGAAGGAAUGCAUUGAUCUCUGGUCUUCACCUCCUGCGGUGGAUCCCCCAGUCUCCAGAUUAUCCAGGAAUACCACCAUCCCUGUUGCCGACGCGGCCGCUUUCAAAGACCCCAUUGACAAGCGCCUCGAGGGUUUCUGCAAGUCCUCAUUCACCGCAUCGGGCUCGGCCUUCCGGCCCAUCUUUGCUAUCGCCUGGGUGGCUAAGGCCAUGGAGGUCUGGGUGGAACAGGCGGCACAGCUCAUAGGAUCCGAAGAUCCAACUACCGACAACAUCCUUUCCAAGAUAGCUGACGCCACUACCUACAUCGGGGACGCAGCACUCGACGCGGCAAGGAUGGUGGCUCAAGCUUCAGCCCACUCUGUAGCCGCUCGCAGAUAUUUGUGGCUAAAGUCAUGGUCCGCUGACCUAACCUCCAAACGCUCUCUAGUCAGCAUUCCUUUUCAAGGUAAACUCCUCUUCGGGGCCGAACUGGAUAAAAUCAUUUCUCAAGCGACUGGGGGAAAGAGCACGCUACUUCCCCAAACCAGACCCAAGAGACCCCCCUUCAAAAGGAGACCCUUUUUUCGGCCCUUCAGACAAGGACAAAGGUCGAAGACGCAAUCAGAUAAGCCCACCUCCAACUUUCGCUCCCGAUUUCCAGGAAAACAGAGACAACCCUGGUCUUCCUCUAAGCCCACCUCCAAGCCUUCCCAAGAUAAACCCCACACCGCAUGAAGGUGUGCCCCCUCCCGAAGGGAUUCCCUUAGGAGGUCGACUCAAGUCCUUUCGAGAGGUUUGGCACAACAAAAUUCGGGACCAGUGGGUCCUUCGGGUGGUUUCCCAAGGACUUUUGAUAGACUUUUUACACACGCCCCCUCACAGAUUUUUCGUAUCCAGGAUGCCGGCCAAGGUCCCCGACAGAACCAAAUUCCUUGCCGUCAUACAAAACCUGGCCAUGGAGGGCACCAUUCAACCCGUCCCAUCACACUCCAAGGGAAGGGGCUACUAUUCCAACAUCUUCAUGGUCCCCAAAAAAGACGGCUCGCUCAGACCUGUCCUAGACCUGAAGGAUCUCAACCCAUUCGUCAAAAGGUGCCAUUUCAAAAUGGAGUCAAUACAGUCAGUUCUUGCCUCCAUGGAAGAGAACGAGUUCAUGACAGUCAUAGACAUCAAGGAGGCAUAUCUCCAUAUUCCCAUUCAUCCAGCUCACCACAGCUUCCUCA